AUGACCUCCCGGCCCACGCACGAUCCGAGUCCCCACUUGACUUGCAACCUUCACGCGUCGCUCUCUCCUCGAAAGGCGAUGGAAGACCCAGCCAGGGACAUCUACACCGUCGUGUACCAGCUCACCGCGACAGACUCGCCCAACGUCCAGAAGGCCGCCGUCGAGAAGCUUUUCCUCAAUAUCAUCUUGGCUCUGCCACCUGCCCUCUGCAAUUUGUCUUCAACGAGAGCCCGCCUCUCGUAUCCAACUUCUGCACGCUCCUUCGUCGUGUCCCCUCUACUCUUUUCGGGCACUCCACUUCGCCGAUGA